UUUUUUUUUUUGUUUUUUUGUAAUUCUUUUUCCUGAAAUCUUAUAGUAACUCUUAAAAUAACCAUAGGAGUGACUCAUACGUUUAAUUACUGUAAUUUAACUAAUACAAAAAAUAACUUACUACUACUGGAAACAUAAUAACCUGAACAUGAAUAACCACCAUUUUAUCUGGUCCUUGUUUUCUUCCAGUUUCAGUUUUGUUUAUGUGAUUGCUGCAUUGCCCAGAGACUUGUGCCCCAUACUUGGCGUGCCACGUCUUGCAACUUUUCUGAUAUGAUUUACCACUCCUGCACUUAUUAACGUUUUAUGAGGAUACAUUUUUCCAUGGUGACAGCAUUUCAGACUAUCCAUUUAAAUUAGCUGUUGAUAGAAGUAUUUACAACCUUCUUUAUAUUCCUGGAACAGUUUAACAGCUGAACAUUUCAGCAGCGCCCACUUUCUGGCACCGUUUAAGCUAGUUACUGCUGGGCGGUAGGCAGUUUAACACAUGAUGCGCCAAUUCAAGAAAAGAGUUCAUUGUUGCCGGGUUACGCAUCCCCCCUGACAACUACAGGCGUCGUCCAGUAAGAAGAGGCUUGCAAUUAAAAGCGAACAUUAUUUCAUAAUGCAUUCAAAUAAGCAGACUGGACAAACAUUCAGUGUUAAAUCAGUUCUUUACUGUUUUACUCUGACUGGGUACGUCAUUUAUUCCUCGUGCGAGUGAAUAACUAUAUUGUCUCUAUUUAAUAUAAUCUAUUUUUGACAAUAAAAUAUAGGUGACUAUAUUUAAUAUACACUGGCUAGUGCUAAUUCACAGGAAUUGGUUUGGCUGUGUGUGUAUAUUUGAUGAAAUUUUAGGCAUUUGAUUAGUCAUACCUCUAUAUAAAUCGUGAACAUAACAUUUGGUAAUUCUUUUCAAACUUUACGUAUUGUCCUGUAAACAAAAAUAACGCGUCGAUCGCAAGAUAUUAGGCCUUGUUAUGCAUUUUUGAGAUUAUCACCUCAGUUUUAUUUCCGAUUAUGUUAGUGUUUUAUCUGAAACGCGCAAACUUCUAAAAAUAAAUAAUUGAUAAGGGACCUUGAAGGCGCUCGAAGUAGAGGAGCCGGGACUUCCCUCUUCAAUCAGGCUGACAGCGCAGCCAUCUGCCAGUGCGUACGUGUGCUUUCGCACAGCUCUCGCGCUCCGCCUGCAAACCGCAGGCCGGGUCUACGUGUGGAGACAGCGAUGCAGUUAGAAACUGGCUGGGCGGAUUCAAAGAGUCACGUGUUCGGCUGGAACUAGUAGGCUACAUGCGCUUUGUUUUGUGUAUGACAACAGCAGCGGCAGGAGGAUCUACAAGGUGCCGAGCUGCCCCAGACAUUUAUUUUAAAUCAUCAAGGGUCAUUUUGCUGAGAUCUCGACAUGUUUUUGCUCGACUCCGAUUCACAGCUGGACUGUUUGAGUAACCUGCUCGAGGCCGGAUGUGCUGUCAAUUCCACCGGUGAUCCGUCGGGACAGUCCCCUGCACAUUUGGCCGCGUGCGGAGGGCAAGCCUUCUGCUUGCUGUGGCUUUUGCAAACAGGCGCGGAUGCAAACCUGCAGGACUCUUCUGGAGAGACGCCCAUUCAUAAAGCCGCAAGGGCAGGGAGCCUGGAAUGCAUCAGUGUCCUGAUUGCCAGUGAUGCGCAACUAGAAAUUUGUAACCACGACGGCAAGACAGCGGAAGACCUGGCCUGGACGUACGGGUACCUGGAGUGCGGCAAAUAUCUCAGCACUCUGAGGAUGAACAGGAGCCUGAAACACACCGCACCAGCGGAACGCGUUUCCAUGGAGAUGGCCAGUGGAGGCGGCACAGCCGUGGGACAGAAGCGGACCUGCGAUUUCGGCGUGGUCCCAGACAGGAAGCGGGUGUGUGACUGGUGAUGGCCGACUGGAGGAACAGUGCCAAGUACACACAUCCCGCAGCGGUAGCGCCUGAGACUGCUUAAGAGGUUUCACAAGAGGCAGUCUGCGCUGACUGGUGGAUUUUAAUCCCACUUCCUGUCAAAGUUCACAUCAGCAGAAUUUCUUCCUUGUUCUGGACUAAAACUGUCCAACAACAAGGGCUUCUGAAAAUAGAUGAUGACUCAGAGAUCAGUGGGGAAUAACUGAUCCAAGAUCAGUUUACCUGGUCCUAUACUCCCACAAUCCCCACCGCUGUUUGAGAAAAAGAAUCCACGGUCAGCACUUUGCUGGCAGACUCCCACGCCACAGGGGGAAAGUCUCAGAUUCAGUUCUCUCACUCCCCACAGGGGGGCGCACUUGCAAUAAUCUCCCUGUGGUUGGUGAAAGUUUUAAAGAUGCACAGGAGCGAGAGAAGCUCCCUUCCCCAUAGUCUCAGCCAAGAACGAGAGGAUUUAAUCUUCUCAUAAAAACCCUUGAGACUUUAAUACAGAGAAGACUAUGCUGAGAGAGUGA